ACACGAAAGCGGAAGUCUUUUCAGAUAUAUCGGCUUUGACUGUUAUUUUCCUUCCCACUGUGCCACUCGGCCAGUUUAUUUUCUGUUUCGAUCGUUCAAAACACAAAUGAGUAGUGGCAUUGAUACUGUCGUCGGUGAAACCAUGCGGACACAUUCGUUUUUGAUGUUUAAACCAGGGGAGUCACGAUGAGCACAGUUUGCGGCAACUGGAGGAGACACACGAGGAGCUUGAGAGCCAGCUACAAGCUAACAGGAGGGCGAGGUGACGAGUCCGCCGUGCUCCGAUGCCUGAGCGAGGCCAACGCAGGAGACGAUCAUGAGAUGGAGGAAAACCUUGACUUCUUCAAGCAGGACGACUUGGAGAGAAAGGUCAUGACCCCGCGCUACAGCCUGCUCCGUGAAAUUGGGAGGGGUACAUAUGGUGUCGUGUACGAAGCGGUGGCCCGGAAGUCCGGUGCCAGGGUAGCCGUGAAGAAGCUACGGUGCGACGCACCGGAAAACGUUGAACUCGCUCUCCAAGAGUUCUGGGCACUAACAAGCCUGGAGAAACGCCACCAAAAUGUUGUCCAACUAGAAGAGUGUGUGCUACAAAGGAACGGAAUGGCCCAAAAGAUGAGCCAUGGGAACAAACGGUCAAAACAGUAUCUGCGCCUUGUAGAAACGUCCCUCAAAGGUGAGCGAGUGCUGACGCCUCCAGAGGAGCCAUGUUACUUGUGGUUUGUCAUGGAGUUCUGCGAAGGAGGUGACCUCAACCAGUUCAUCCUGUCUCGGCGGCCUGACUCGCAAACCAACAACAGCUUUAUGCUCCAGCUUACCAGUGCUGUGGCUUUCUUACAUGAAAACAAGGUUGUACAUAGAGACCUCAAACCGGACAAUAUCCUCAUCUCUGAGAAAUCAGGGACUCCUGUCCUCAAGGUUGCAGAUUUUGGCCUGAGCAAAGUUUGCGCAGGUUUAGGAAAUGCCAUCGAGGGCAAAGAAGUUGAGGACAAAAACAAAAAUGUCAACGUAAACAAAUUUUGGUUGUCAUCAGCAUGUGGCUCAGACUUCUACAUGGCUCCCGAAGUCUGGGAGGGUCACUAUACAGCCAAGGCUGACAUAUUUGCUCUCGGCAUCAUCAUUUGGGCCAUGGUGGAGAGAAUUACUUUUAUUGAUGCUGAAUCCAAGCGAGAGCUCCUUGGAACAUAUGUGAGACAAGGAGCAGACAUUGUACCAGUGGGUGAGGCGCUGCUAGAAAAUCCAAAGAUGGUACUGAAUAUCCCCCAGAAACGUAGGUCAGGCAUGUCUGACGGAGUGAGGAAGCUGCUGCUGGACAUGCUUGCCGUCAACCCUCAGGACCGACCAGAUGCCUUCGAGCUUCAGACAAGAAUGGACCAGGUUAUGUGUCCAUCCUGACUUUGCUCCUGAACAUUUCUCAGAUGCGUAUCUUGGAGCUGCCACUUCACUGCAGUAUGUGAUGACGGUGAAGAUAAAGGAGGACAGCAUUUGUGUCUGCGGGUUAAUGCUUACAUUUGUUGACAUGAAACUUGUUCUUAAGCUCAGUAGCUAAUCAUGAUUCAGAAUAUUUGUUUUGCCUUGAUUUUUCGAAUAAAAUAAGAAAUCUUACAUCUCCUGCUUUUUGUGGGUACCUUGAAAACCAUCAGAUAACACCUGUCAAAAGAGAUUCACCUAAAAUUCAUGGUACAAAGAUGGCAAGCGUCUGACUCAAACUGCCAUCUCCCCCAUCUUAUUUCAGUCCAAUUCACUUUGAUUCUAAUGCUAGUGUAACACUGCUUUUCUGGCUCCAUCAUUUUUGAGCACACACACACACACACACACACACACCUGAAAUGUCAUGCAAGCCCCCAUGUAAUUUUGCUGCUUGUCUGUUUUUGUACAACCUGUUAGAUGCUGGCUUCCCUGCCGUCUCUCCCGCACACACUCACACAAACACACAUCAUGCAAGUUUUUACUUUGCCCCAACUGUAAUGAAGGACAUCAUUUUUAUUCAGUUUUUCUCCUGGUUGAGCUUGUACUUUGUGUGUGUGUUUAUAUGUGUGUGUGUCAUAUUUGUACAAGAUAUGUGUGUCUUCACUGUUUAAGAUGUGUGCCAACUGUUUUUAGUGGCCCAGGGAAUUGACCCCUUUUUUGUAUUGGAGGCAGAAAGCAAGGUCCCUCCCUUUCUGUUCUUCCUUCUGUUUUAAAUAACUUCCAAAAUCUUGGUGAGCAUUUAGUGCUGGAACAAACUUGUUACAUUGUCUUCAUUGUUAUUCCAGCCCUGCUAAUUUAUUACAGCUCAGAAGUGUAGUCAUUUGGAAAACGGAUAUUGCAAGUCACAUAAUUACUUUCCUCUUUACUGUUGUAGUCAUUAAAUGACAAAACUAAAGGGAGGCUAAGUUUUAUCAACAGAAAUGAGUGUACAAUAGUGUUACAUGCACAUUCUUAAACAGGGAGACUUGCAGAAAGCUUAACAGGUUUCUAAAUGUGGCGGUUUCAUUGUUCUGACGUGCAUGGGCAACUAGCUUUUCAACCAAGAUGUUGAACGCCACAGAAAUUCCCACCGACAUUUUUAUGCACACACCUAAUAGUGCCUUCGAAGUCUAGAACGCAAAGGUUUGGGUUGAUGAUAGUCAAACUAUAUGGCCUUUGUUGAAUCAUUCAUUGAAGGAAAAUGAAUGGUCUUGAUUUUGUUUUCAGCGUAUGAUUGGAAAUCAGGAAAAACAAGUGAGGUGAAGCUGGCACACUCCCCUUUUAUUUUUUUCUGUUAAUAGUAUUGAAUUGUUCAAGUGGCCUUGAUGUUCAAGUUACGUUGAUGUAUUUGAUUCUGGUAAAAGAUUUGCUGAUAUCACAUUCUUGUUUAUGAAAUGCGAUGGCGAU